CUCUUAUGAAACCAACUAGUGCAGCUGCAGAAAACAGGUACAGUGGGACGAGAGGCAUUCACAGGCUACAGGCACCAACCCGGCUUACAGCACCUCUCCGCACAUCAGAACCAAGGGAAGAGAUGCUUCUAUCUUUGGGCUUGACAUAAAUAUCACCUCCGGGGAGCCAGCGCAAGAAUAAGAUGGCACCAAACUCCAUCCACUGGUUCCGUAAGGGCCUCCGACUCCAUGACAACCCAGCGUUACGGGAAGCGAUCAGAGGGGCAGGCACAGUGCGCUGUGUUUACUUCCUGGACCCAUGGUUCGCAGGCUCCUCCAGUGUCGGGGUCAACAGGUGGAGAUUUCUCCUCCAGUGUUUAGAGGAUCUGGAUGCCAACCUUCGGAAGCUCAACUCUCGCCUCUUUGUAAUCAGAGGCCAACCUGCCAAUGUGUUCCCGCGGCUCUUUAAGGAGUGGAAGAUCUCUCGGCUGACCUUUGAAUACGAUUCUGAGCCUUUUGGGAAGGAGAGAGAUGCUGCCAUCAAGAAGCUGGCAAUGGAGGCAGGUGUGGAGGUCAUUGUAAAGAUAUCGCACACCCUCUACGACCUGGACAAGAUCAUAGAGCUGAAUGGCGGCCAGCCUCCUCUUACCUACAAGCGUUUCCAGACCCUGAUCAGUCGACUGGAUCCUCCUGAGCUGCCUGUGGAGACGCUGUCGGAUACCUUAAUGGGUCGCUGCGUCACCCCCAUCUCUGAGGACCACGGAGACAAGUACGGGGUCCCGUCCCUGGAGGAACUAGGCUUUGACAUUGAGGGCCUGCCUACAGCCGUGUGGCCGGGAGGAGAGACUGAGGCUCUGACGAGGAUAGAGCGCCAUCUGGAGAGAAAAGCCUGGGUGGCUAACUUUGAACGUCCCAGGAUGAACGCCAACUCGCUGCUGGCCAGCCCGACGGGCCUCAGCCCGUACCUGCGCUUCGGCUGCCUCUCGUGCCGCCUUUUCUACUUCAAGCUCACUGACCUCUACCGCAAGGUGAAAAAGAACAGCUCCCCUCCACUCUCUCUGUACGGCCAGUUAUUGUGGCGGGAGUUCUUCUACACUGCGGCGACCAAUAACCCACGCUUUGACAAGAUGGAGGGUAACCCCAUCUGCGUCCGCAUCCCCUGGGACAAAAAUCCCGAAGCACUUGCCAAGUGGGCUGAAGCUAAGACAGGUUUCCCCUGGAUAGACGCCAUCAUGACUCAGCUGAGGCAGGAGGGCUGGAUCCAUCACCUGGCCAGGCAUGCAGUUGCCUGCUUUCUCACCAGGGGGGACCUGUGGAUCAGCUGGGAGGAAGGGAUGAAGGUCUUUGAGGAGUUGCUUCUAGAUGCAGACUGGAGCGUGAACGCAGGCAGCUGGAUGUGGCUGUCCUGCAGUUCAUUUUUCCAGCAGUUUUUCCACUGCUACUGCCCCGUGGGCUUCGGCCGGCGGACCGACCCCAACGGGGACUUCAUCAGACGAUACUUACCUAUCCUCCGAGGUUUUCCCGCUAAGUACAUCUACGACCCGUGGAACGCUCCGGAGUCCGUGCAGGCUGCCGCCAAGUGCAUAAUCGGCGUCCAUUACCCGAAGCCCAUGGUGCACCACGCAGAGGCAAGCCGACUCAACAUCGAGAGAAUGAAGCAGAUCUACCAGCAACUUAGCCGAUACAGGGGACUAGGCCUGCUGGCAUCAGUGCCGUCCACCAAUGGGAAUGGGAAUGGAGGAAUGAUGGCCUACUCUCCUGGAGAGCAGCAGCCAGGGACCAACAACAACAACAACAACUCACAUUUGCCUGGAGUGUCGGGGAGCUCCGUUGCAGCGGGUAAUGGCAGCGGGAGCAUCUUACUCAACUUUGACAAUGAAGAACAGACCAGGCCUAGCAGUGCUGGACAACAGCAGCAACGCCUGCAACCACUAUCGCAACAACAACAACAGCAGCAACAGCAACAGCAUGCUGCAGGAUACCACUCAGUGCCAGACACCAACCAGACCAUCACCAGCAGCCGACUCUACCAUGAGUUUGCUGUGCCUCAACACCCAGGACUCCUCCUGCACACCAGAGGUAUCACAGGAAAGAGGGAGCGCGAGUCGGAACGUGAGGGGUCGGGAGAGAAAGACCCGACGUCCUGCUCGGUGCACAAGAUGCAGAGGCAGAGUGCAGAGACUACCUAAAGCGAGCGCAGUUGAGACCAACUGAAUCCACGUUGGAGUCACCAUCUGGCCAGGGAAAAAGGGGAAAUCCCAACGUCACCACCCAACACAAACAGUGACCAUCUCCUCUUCAAACAGUGCAUCUAAAACUGCUCUCUGUCUUUACAGUCACAGAUUCCCCCAGGGUGCAAACACAAAGGUGAAAAUGUGAUUUUUGGCUCAAUUUCUAAAAGGGCUUUUUACAUCGAGUCCUCUUGCAGUUGCGUACAGACAGGUGUGACGACCUCGGACAACUGUGCGAAAAAAACAAAACGCCUCAAACUUACAGCUCCACGAAUCAUUUGUAAAAAAUAAAAAUAAAAAUAAAAAACUACAUUGUUGUCUUAAAACUGCUGCCACCAGCCAGUAUAUACUGUAUGAACAAUGAAGCAGCUAUAAGUGUGAGUAAUGAAAUAUUUCCUUUUUUUAAAAAGCUGCAAAUACAACCACGUUGUUGCGUACACUAGUGUAAAGCCUGGCUGAUUAUGUCUGGGGUUUACAGAGAAUAUUUUUUACUACAGCUUUGUAGUAUGUUCAUCCUAAUGUGCUCCAACCAUCACCACCGCACAUGCCGACCAGUCACGUCUCGCUCUACUGUAGGAAUAUUUGUGUCACAAAUACAAUAGUCUUUACAUUGGAAAAACACUAUUUAUAUUAAUAUUUUUAUGUUUAUGCUAUUUUGUGUUGCUGAAAUGAAAUGUCUGUAAAUAAGGUAAUUGGAUUUUUAAGAAAAAAAAGUAUUUCCCGGAAGAUAAACAAUCUAUACCUUCAAAAAUACUGAUCUUUAAGCUGUAAUUACUGUGUUAUUAACCCUGAUUUUACCAGGCGAAAUGAGAGAAGCAGGUGCGUGUUCACAGUAAUGUUUCAGGGACUUUGUUGAAAAUGUUUAGAGUGAUUUCUCAGCUUCUGUCUCACUAGCUUGCAUGUAAAGGUUCUUCAGGCACUGGGGGUCCAGUUGGUGAGUGAGCACCUCCUUUUUAACACAAUUUUCACAGUAUUCACGGGAACACCUAGCACUGCCUGGUUAGCGUGUGUGAUCACUUGAUUUGUAUCGGCAGCUAAAAACUGUGACUUGUGUUGUUUUACUGACCUUAUUUAUGACGUAUAAUAUCAAACAGUCACACCGGUUUCUACUGUUGGUCUUGAAAAACAUGUUUACAGUGUGUUGCUGUAGAUUAGUUGGGAGACGUUAAACUGCUUUUAGAAUGUGGCAUUAUGGGUAAAAGAGUUCUCAUGUAGCUUUCUUUGUAGUUCUUUGCUGGAAGUGCCAUGGCGUGACGUCUUUGAUCUCAUCAGAGGUAGACAUGUAGCUGAACACAGGAAGUCAAACUUCUAGUAAACGUCAAGUAAUUGUAGUGAUUGUGUUGCUCUUUCUGUUUUGUUACUGUAGGUUUUUUUAUUUGUUUGUUUGUUUGUUAAGGUUUUUCCAUUUUUUGGAAAACCACUUCGAGCCUGAGCCUUUGCUACUUUAAAAAAAUACAAAUGAAGAUUAGUAUUUUUAGGAUUCCCUUUAACAUCAGUCAAACAUGAGCAGGCUCUGUUCUGUAUGCUUAUAGAGAAUUUUAGUUUCUUUUGUUCUUCACCCUUAGUUUCAAGCGUCCUCUUAGCAUCGUUUCCCACGUUAUUAAUCAUGUACAGAUCGUCUCUGUGGUUUCACACUUUUGAAAUUUUGUCAAAAUAAAAGUGAUUAAAUAUAAAAUAGACUUGUGUUGUCGCUCAGCUCACAGCUGUUGACCAUCAGAGCCUGGACGAUCCCUUUACAGUGUUUCUGAUUUACCCUUCAAAAGUCAGUCACAUUUUCACCUCUCUGUUUCCCCCUGCAACUCUUAAAAACAGAUCAUGUCUGUAGAAGUUCAGAAACAAAUGACUUUGGAGUAUCUCUGAGGCAUUCUGUCUUGUUGGAAGAUUUUGAACUUUUUUGCUGUGCAACACGUUCAACAACCAAAAAAAACAAACCGUUGUGGUCAGUUUGGGAGAGGAAGCGGUUCAAGGUUAACUUCUGUCGAUUACUACGAGGGCAAAGAACACAGACAGUUGGGUGCAAACUCCUCUCAAAAGGUGUCACAUUUUUCUAAGAUUUCUUAUAAAAACCAAAAACUUGCUAAACAAAAAGGAAGGAAAAAACAAAACAAAGUUGAGUCGACACAAUAAAAGACAGAUGACAGCAUCUGAUCCAAGUGAGCCGAAUUCUGUCAGAAAACAAACCAACAUUCCUCAGAAACGAGUGUGCCCUCCUGACUACUAGGGUGCAAAGAGUUCAACGAUAUACUGUACAUGUAUGGCUACACGCGACAUUUUGCGACCUGGACAAAUUUGAUUAGGGGAAAAAAAAAAGUGAUAAAAACAAAAUGGCCAAUAAAUAGCUAAAUGACCACAAUUCGAUACAUCGAUUUAUUGUAAUCAAAUGAGAAGGGUCCCAAAAUGGCCGCUGUGAAGUUGAAAUGGGAGGACUGUGUAACAGCAUUGGAAAGAUGAAGUUGGCGUCUUAUUUAGGUUCCAUCCACCCUCCUAUCCACUAUCAACUUUACUCCUGGUGAGAAAAAUGCAGUCAAAUUGAACCAGAGAAUGUAUGAUUCCCCCCUGUAAAAUACACCCCCACCCUGCGCACACACACACACACACACAACAACACCACACACACACAAACACACUUAACUCUUGCAUACACUCAUAAAGAAUUUUCAAUUAAAUUAAAAACAACUCAAUAAAUUAAAAAUCAACACUUCCUGUUGAUGUUUGACAAUAAAAGCUCUCUAUGGAAGGUUGCCCGCUUACAAUCUGGAGUAACCUAUUGUAAGAAUCAGGAAUAAAUGACUCUGAUAAUAAAGGCACUGUAUAUUUGAGAAUGUGUGGUACAUACAUACAAACACAUUUAUCAUGAAUUAUGUUUCAGCACAAAUCUUUUACAAAUGCUUAACUCCUGUAUCACACAGAAAUACAAUCACAACACUGGCGAAAAUCACUCAAAUGCUGACCUGAGCACACAUAAUACAUACCACACACACACACACAACCUUCUAAUGGUUUAACAGGAGAGAACUGAAGUCUGCUUAAAGCCCCAAUCUGCUGUCCGGCUGUGUUGAAGAGGUGUAAAUUCACAGUUUUCUACGAAUGACUUGACAUGCCAUUUCUAUUUGGUUCACUCACCUCUUUUUAUUAAAUGCUAAAAUUAAAGACAGCUUUCUGGAAUGUGAAAUCGCAGCACACAGAAAGGGACAAAUUGAAAACUAGAAAAUGAAAUAUAAAUUUGGGCUCCCCAGUGACGGCUACACCACCGUCACGCUCACCAAAAGAAGGCAUUUAGGCCUAUCUUUAGCAGCCAGUUGGAGUAUACAUUCCCGAUUUUAGGAAGACUGCAGAUUGGGGCUGUAGAUGUGACUCCUGUUUGCCCGGCGCUCUCCUGAGAAAAUUCUGGUUUAAGUGGAGCCGUGAUGACUCGUGUCUGUGUACAGUACUCAAUAUUUGUUCAUCUGUGAUCAUACCGGCUUCGUCUUCAGGAGUAAUUUAGAGGGUGGGGACCGGGGGAGCUGGGGGGUUGAAGGAGAGGGAGGGGGAGAUAAAAGUAUUGUAGUGUUUCUGUAUUAUAAUUCUGUAUGUUCUUAAGAGGUUCUCAACAUUGUUAGGUUUUUGUAGCUUUUAUCACUAUGGAAAAACAAGUUUUUAUUCCUCGCUUUUUUUGUUUUUCGUUUUGUUCUGUUCUCCCUUCUGUGACAUGAAGGUGAAAACAGAUGCCAUCUAUCAUCUCUGUAUUAUGCUCUUUCUCUGUCUCUCCUUGUGUUGUGAAAGACUUUUUCUUGUGCUUGAUCAAGUUCAUGACAGGAAAUAAAAAAUUGUUACAACUCGA